UUGGGAACCACGCCUACACCGGUCCUCAGCGAGACCAUGGACGUCCGCUGCCUGUGAUCACCCAUUUCAUUGUGGCACAAGCAGCAGCAUUCCGUUAAAGGCCUCUCCCACUGGUUGCAGCUUUCCCUGUCAGGAGAAUGGCAGAGCCGAAUGGAGCCACCAAGAAACGGCCGGCCGAAAUGACGGCCGAGGAGGAGGAACAGCUCUACCGUGACCACCCCCUCACCGACGACACAACGUGCGGCUACGGUCCACUGCGGUCCGCCUUCCUGCAGAAGUUCGCCAACAAGAAGGCCUUCGUCUUCCUCAACGGCAUCGUGGGGUGCAUCCUGUCUGCCACGUUUGCCUACUACAACGGCACCAUCACCACCCUGGAGAAGCGGUUCAAGAUACCCAGUCGCAACAUAGGUAUCAUCUUCGUCGCGGGCGACCUCGGCACUGUGCUGGUGUCGGGGGUGGUGACGUACUACGGGGGCAGCGGGCACCGGCCGCGCUGGAUCACGCUGGGCAUGUACCUGGUGGUGGGCUCGUGCCUGCUCAACGCCCUGCCGCACAUGCUGUACGGCGCGGGCGACGAGUCGCUCCGGCUCACCGAAGAGUACGGCGCCACCAUCAACGUCAACGAGACCCUGCAGCUCAUCGAGCAGGAGCGGCGCAAGGCGCUGUGCCAGCCAGAGGGGGGCGUGCCCUGUGACGACACGGCGGGCAGCUUCGCGCCGCAGGCCAUCAUGUUCGCAGCCAGCCUGCUCGGAGGACUCGGCAACCCCGUCUACUACACGCUGGGCACCACCUACAUGGACGACAACAUCAAGAAGUCCAAGACGCCGGCGCUCAUCAGUUUUUCGUAUUUCCUGCGAAUGCUGGGGCCAGCCAUCGGCUACGCGCUGGCAUCAGCUUGCCUGAGAGUUUUCAUCGCGCCCGCCCUGACGCCUACCAUCACCACUAAGGACCCACGCUGGCUCGGUGCCUGGUGGGUUGGGUGGAUCAUCAUGGCGGGCGUGCUGUUCGUGAUGUCGACGCUGACCGGCAUGUUCCCCAAGCAGCUGCCGCGGGCCGCCGUGCGCCGCCUCAUCGAGCAGGAGAGGCUGAAGGCGCAGGGCGACGAGGAGGCGCUCAGGGCGGCGCAGCAGCCGCACCGGACGUCGCUCUCAGACAUGGUGAAGACUUUCUGGCGGUUGCUGAGAAACGCAACGCUUAUGUGCAACAACCUGGCGGGCAUCUUCUACUUCGUGGGCUACGCGCCGUACUGGAUCUUCAUGCCCAAGUACAUCGAGACGCAGUUCCGGCAGUCGGCCAGCGUCUCGAGCCUGGUGACGGGCACGGUGGGGCUGCUGUUCUCGGCCGUGGGCAUCCUCACCUCGGGGCUGGUCAUCUCCAAGUUCCGGCCGCGCGCGCGCUACCUGGCCGCCUGGAACGUGCUCGUCGGCGUCAUCACCGUCAUGGGCAUGAUCUCCUACGUCUUCCUCGGCUGCAACACCAGCGAGGACACGCACAAGACCUUGCUGCCCACUGGAGAGCUGUCGACGCUGACGGAGUGCAACGCGGCGUGCCACUGCGGCUACGUCACGUACUCCCCGGUGUGCACCGCCGACGGCCGCACCAGCUUCGUGUCCGCCUGCCACGCCGGCUGCCUCUCCUCCUACGUCAACGACAACGGCACCAGGGUGUUCAGUGACUGCUCGUGCGUGCCGCGAGUCGGCGGCAACGGCUCGGUGAUCGCCGAGAGCGGGGGCGAGGUGCUGCAGGGGGCGUGCCCAGUCGACUGCAUGCGGCCCUUCAUCAUCUUCCUGUGCACCGUCUGCCUACUCAAGUUCGUCGGAUCGACCGGACGCGCCUCCAACUUCCUCGUCUCCGUCAGGUGCGUCGACGAAAAGGACAAGUCUGCUGCCAUGGGAGUCGGCAUCGUCCUGAUUAGCCUGUUCGCCUUCCUUCCCGCUCCCAUAUUCUAUGGUAACCUCCUAGACUCUACAUGCCUGGUAUGGGGUAAGACGUGUUCGGGCACGGGCAAUUGCUGGCUGUACAACGGAGAGACGCUGAGAUACACGCUCAACUUCACGGCUGCAGCUUUUGUAGCUAUUGGAACGCUGUUUGACGCUGGUGUGUGGUACUUCGUGAAGGACCUGAAGAUAUUUGACGAGGAAGUGAAACCGAAAGAAGUGGAGGAGGUGCAAGAGAAGAUCGUCGUGGAAGAUUGACGCUUAUACGAAACCGUGGGAGAAAAUACCUGUGAUCAUUACCGUCUGUAACCAUCACAGCUGAAGCAACUGGAAAUUACGUUUAUUUUGAGUCAAGAAGUGCUUGGCAGAAGGCAGAAUUAUCGAGUAGCAAAGUCUCUGCAACUGUCUUGUCUCUCUCCAAAAUAUUGUAUUGCUGAAAUGUAGGACACAUACUAUUUAUAACUAAAAUGAAAUGCUUAUGUUAAACGACUUUGCAAAGGACUCAGUCAACACAUCAAAGGUUAAGUGCGACACCGCAAAAUUCUUGUAAUCUUACCAUAUAGAACACUGCUCGAGUAAUUACUGCAGUAAUCAUGUGACCCCAUAAGAUACACCCAACGGAAUAUUCAGUAACUAAGAAGGAAAUGUUAUAGUAAGUAUAAAGCAUACAAUUUUGCAAGAGAAAGUCAUUAAACAUUUAUAUAUGUAAGUCUGAAAAAUAAAAUUUUUAUUAAAAGCGCAAUUACAUUUCAUCUCCAGAGAUUUAAAAUGUCAUAGCUGAACACAUCAGUCAUCCACUAUUUCUUUCUACAAACAAGGUGUCAAAUUAUUCCCAUUUUCCGUGAGACCUAAUGAAAUAAAUUAUUGGGAACGGGAACUCGUUGUAAAGAGAACAGAUUUUGGCAUACAAACACGCUAGUUUUGGCACGGAAGACUUUCGAUUCACCUGAAUAAUAUUUCUAUUCAGUGUUAUUUUAUCGUAUCAAAUAGAUAUUGGAUACUGUCUGUGUGGCCUAGUGUUGCAGCUAAUAACACUACAUAAGAAAUAAAUGUCUGACAGUGAGUUGCGUGCUUGUAGACGAGAGGAUGGAGACAGUGGCUGAGAUCUGAUACUUACAGUCACUAAAAUUUUAUCUAAAAUAAUUGUUUCCUGGCCAGAACUGAUGCAUAUCUCAUUAUUGUCCAACAGUAGGAAAUAUUACCUUAAGUAUAGUAUUUUCACCUAACAUGUGUCUUCUUCGUCAAAAGUUAAUUAAAAGUCGAAUGUAUUUCAUUUUACAAUUCGACGCCUCUCAAAAAUAUGGAAAUAUGAAUAUGAAAAUGAAUAUCUGAACUAUUGUGCAUUGGAUUAAGUUCGCGUUGUCUUGGAAACUUCGUCCAGUCAUUGCAUUAUUUACUUCCUACUGUCUUAGCAGCUUCGUCUACUCAGUAUAUUGUUUACCUUGUACUGUCUUAGCAACUAUGGUCACACAUUAUAUUCCACAAACAAUCGUGUCAGGAUCGUGUGGGUAUAUUGCUCACUAAAUAUUCGUACGUCUUUGAAAUCAUAUCAGUACUGUCGUAAAUGAUUUUUACAGUCUUAUUUACUGCCACUUAUUUAUAACUGUGGCAGCAAAUAAAUAGUUUCCCACUCUAAUCCAUCUCAGUAAUCUUGAAUCAGUCGUUACUGAUGGCAACUAUUUCAGUAAGGUCACCUUCAGUUGCCAUAGUCUGGAAGGCUCGUACAGCUUCGUAAGUCGUAUAGGCUUGAAGCUGUAUAUUAUCUGACUGACGGACAAAACAUAUUAAAGGGCAUUAUUCCUUCCUUUCUUUAUUUCGACUGGAAUAACAGUAUGUAACAGCAGUGUCAGUUCUUGGAAAUUUCUGGGUCCCUAUGAUGCCCUGUGGGCAUGUUAUUCUGCAUAGUUAUAAUCUUUUAAUUAAUGUAGAUAGCUCGUUUUAUGUUAGCCGCAUGUUUUUCUUCUCCAUGUGACGCAGGCACACCACCCAGCCCCAUCGCAAUACUAUCACGAUACUUCUAUGCAUAUGAAUUAAUUCCAGUAUUUUGGUCCUAAUUAAGAGUAGCUAUGACUACUGGCUAAAAUAAACAAGUGCUGCGAAACUUGCAACCAAGUAUAGUGCCAGUUAACUUAGACGUCUGUUCAUCAGUAUGCUAGAGCUUCAACAUUACGAAGCAAAGAACGAUUAUUGCUUCAUGAUAAAUCUGCUAAAUUAUUUACUCUCUUCUGUUAUAACUUCCAGUCCCUUUCCUUGAGUGUUGAAAUUAAUGGAAACAGCAACGAAAACCCAAAACUAUGCUCUUCAGCUUUUUGUACAGUAGUGUUAUCUACAGGUCUGCUAACAUGUAUUUUCAUUCUAAAUACGUGCAAUUUCGCCCGUAACAUAUUUUCAGAUGUGACCAGAUCUUGAUCCUUCUCACACCUCAACCACGUUGUGACACUUGAUUUUGAUGAACAGGUCGGUGAGAACUGGAGUGAAGCGCAAUGAGUACUGACACUGUCCCAUUCAUUGUCAUCUGUGUCAUUCCCAUCCGAAUUGUUUCUUCUGUUUUACAUGCUUAUAGAUGUCUGUACGAAGGACAGACCCAAUUAACGUAAUGCGAUGAGAAAAAACGAGCGGCCGACUUUCCUUCAGAAAAUUUUGUUAGAGCACAGUUUGUAUUAUUACUUAAGGUAUCGUUUAACGAUGAGUGACUAGCUAGUAGUUAGAGUGUGAAAAAUUUACAGUUGAAAUCCAAGGGUUACAACCAUGAUUUGAGAUUACAGCAUGUAAAACAGCACGCUUUACCCACUUUGAUUCUUCUACCUCAAGUUCCGACGUUUUUUCCAGUUUUACUCCUCAGUCUAGGUACAGGUACAGAGAAGAAGAAUAAUAAACCUAGGCAUUAGUCCUUAGUACGCCAUCAAACUGUGAAUCAAAUAACCGGGAGUGAAGAUGCCUCACUUUUUGUAAACAGUCUUUUAUUAAUGCACGCGUGUGAAACCAAACUAUUCGAUUGUGCUCUGAAGACUGGCAUGUAGUGAUGUCACAGGGGGCUGUCAUAAAAGUUUAACUAUCACUCCGAAAAUGUUAACUUUAUAAAGAUUAUGUUAUUAGGGGUACUCAGUGAGUACUAUCUAAGAUUACGCACUGUUGGAUAUAUGUUGCCAGUGGAUUGUGUGUGUGUGUGUGUGUGAGAGAGAGAGUAGAUGAACUGGGGGACAAGGACUGCCCUGCGUAGCGUCCAAGGUGAUGUGGCAUUACAUCAGCCACGUAAGAAUACGGCCACUGUUCGACCCCAUAUGGCAGCAUAUACAUACGGAGCGCUCUGACUGGCCAAAAACACAAGAAAGUAUUUUCCUACUGUGUGUUAAAGUAACAAAGCGAGGAGGGACAGCGGACGUCAGCGGCUGCGUGUCGGGUAUAGAACCCGCUGAUCACGGUACAACAUGCCUUUUCAGUUAUAUUGUUGCACUAUUUAGAGUUUUUAAAUAUAACUGUCAUUGUUUUGAUGCGGUACGCUAGUGUAAGAACGUUGUAAUCUGCAAUACGGCGGAGAUGGAUAAUAAGUGAUUGUGUAAACGUGUUUCGUAAGUCUCUUCAAAAAACGCAAGUUCUAUUAUUCGUCUACUAACCCCUAACAGACUUCACAUCGUUCUACACCAUUACAGCCAUUCAUCCUGAUUCUAAGUCUGGCGAAUCCACGGCCAGCACUUGCACUCUGCAGAGGGGACACCAUAAUCGGAAAGACACAGGACACUGUAUUUCAGGUACCUACAGCGAGAUGUGAUGGACGUGUCUCCACUAGCAACCACGCCGAGUCACCAAUAGGUUCUGUGACUUGUCUUCCUAACGCACUGAAAGUGUUGAAACUUACGUAAUUAACAUUUUGUGCGGGUACAUGUCCGGUAAUGGUCCAGAUGCGUCACACAGUACAGUAGAACUCCACUAGAGGAGCCACCGCCACUACACCGGUGGUCUGCGCCAUUUUCUUUGGGCUCCUCUAGUGGCGUACUACAGUACUGUGGCGGAAGUAUUUCAGUCUGGACCAACAAUGGCGACAUCUGCCUGCAUAUAAACAAAACAGUAACUACGUAUUUUUAAUUUUUCAAGGUGGUAAUUAAAACUUUAUGAGUAUUCCUCAGAGAAAUAACAACACAGUAAUGGGAAGUUGACACUUGAGAACACGAUGGACUCAAAUAGCACGACCUACGAUGAGUCUCUUCCCCUCUGAGCACCUCCAACACUCGGAGCCGCCUCUUGGGUAUCUCGCUAGUUCUUGGACAGCGGCGACCUUCCACAGUCGGACCGCUCCGGACGGCUAGCUAGAAAGCGGUGGUAGCGAGCCCGGGCUGGCCGUUGCCUCGCGCCAUCAGGCUCUGCACGGCGCGCAGCUCCUGCACCUCGUCGUCGUCGUCGUCGUCG